UAGAAAUGAUGGUUGGCGAUAUUUCAACCGGCAAAACGUGAAUUAGUAGCUGGAAAAGCCACUUUCACCGCGUCCCACGCACUGUACAUGAUGUGCCUGUGAUUUUGUAAGCUCCUUCAUACCGGCCAGGAUGGAUCUUGGUAAGGCAAAGCUACUUAGGACGGGGCUCAACACGCUGCACCAGGCCAUCCACCCUGUGCACGGGAUAGCAUGGACGGACGGCAAGCAGGUCUGCCUUACAGCUCUCUACUUCGUCAAUGGCGAGGUGAAGUUUGGGGACACCAACGUCAUCGGGCAGUUUGAGCACGUCUUCGGCCUCUUCUGGGGCCCGCUCUGCUGCUCUGACUCCCCCGCCUUGCUCGCUGUUCAGCACAAGAAGCAUGUCACCGUGUGGCAACUGCAGCUCAGCGCCCUCGAGCAGAACAAGCUGCUGUGCACUCAGACCUGUGAGAUGAGUGAGCCUUUCCCUUUGCUCUCCCAAGGCUGCGUGUGGCAUCCCAAACUGGACAUCCUGGCCGUGCUGACCAAGAGGGACACCUCUGUGCUGUUUUCGGUCAGGGUGGACAACAGGAGAACCAAAGCAGACAUCAGAGGCAGUGGACUUAUCCAUUGUGCAUGCUGGACUAAGGAUGGUACGCGCCUGGUGGUGGCUAUAGGCAGUGCUCUUCACUCUUACAUCUGGAAUGACAUCCAGAAGAGUUUGGUGGCCUGCUCCUUCUGCCCCAUCUUUGAUGUGGGAGGCUACAUCUGUGCUAUCGAAGCCACGGGGGAGGCGCAGGUAGCCGUGGCUACAGAGCUGCCUCUGGACAAAAUCUGUGGGCUAAACGCAGGCAUAGCCUUCGACAUGCCGUCAGAGGGCGAGUCCCUGCAAGGCCACGGCUCGCACGUGGUCAUGUCAGAUGACGACAGCCCUUUGGACUCACGCAGAAGAUCGUUUGAAUCAGAGAGGUCCUACAUCCCCAGCUCAGGCCCUCUAGACCUCACCCACCUCUUGGCGAGGCACCGUCGCUCCGACCCCAGCCCCCUUAUUCACCUGCGCCGUCGAGACACCAUGACAGGCUCUGGCCAGGACUCCUCUCACCUCAUCCUGGUCACCUACGAGCGUAAAGUCACCACCACCCGCAAAGUCAGCAUCCCGGGGAUUUUGGUUCCAGACAUCGUGGCCUUUGACCCGCGUGGCUCCACAGUUGCAGUGGCUUCCAACACCUGCAACAUGGUGCUUGUGUACUGCAUCACAGCCUCUGCCAUGCCAAACAUUCAGCAGAUCUCUAUGCAGACAAAUGAGAGGCCCAAAGGAGUCUGCUUCCUCAACGACAAGAUGCUACUGCUGAUGGUGGGCAGGCAGAAGUCCACUGACCCUGCCUUCCUUCCAUCGUCUAACACAGAUAAAUAUAUUCUCCGUCUCUUAGCUAAAGACUUGAUGUACGAUGGAGAGACUCCUAUCACACCAUCCCCCUCUGCUCACAACCAUGAGUCCACCUCUAAUUUCUGCGCAGGGAUUAGGAGGCACUCGGAGCACCUAUCUAAGGAUGACAGGGAGCGCACAGGGAUAAAGGACUUGGUGUUGCCUGGCGGGGGAGUAAUUCGUUCACCGGGCAACAGGCGCAGGCUGGUGGAGGAGGUGAGGAGCAGCGAGCCGAGCCCCGUCACCAGCUCCGCGGACAUCUCUGACCGAGCAUCAGACAGAGCCCUGUCUAGUGCCUCCUCCAUCACGGUGGAGAACUUCGACAUGGACCACGUCAACCGCAUGUCCAGCCUGGCGGUGGCCGGCCACGCCAGCAGAGACUCCAGCCGGGCCAGCUCCCCUCGCCUCGAGCCGUCGGACAAGAUUCACACAGAGCCGACGCUGCCUAUGCCUGAAAAGACACCGGGCCCCGCUAAGGACCGCGCGCUGGAGCAGCUCGUUCACAACAUGGAGAGGCUUUUUACACGCUUUGCAGAUGUACAGCAGUGCCUGACUGAAAUCAGAGAUUAUACCCAGAACGGCAAGAAGGCCCUGAGUGUCUACCCCAAUGCCUGUGAACCCCCUUAUGUCAAUGUGACAUGCCAGAAGCAGUUAUCAGAAAACGUGUUCAUCGAUGAGCGGAGGCCGGUGUUGCUGUGUGAUGGGAAGCUGUGUCUGCGUGCCCUCCAAGAACUCUUCAACCUAACUAUUGUGGAGAUGAUGUACGGUCCGUUGUGGAUCGUACUUGUGGCAGAUGCAGACGGCUUCGUGCCUCUCACGUUCAAGCCCAAAGAGGAGCUUACGGUGCGGAACGGGAAGCGGAAAACGACCUUACGGACUCCUGGGAGUCCAGAGAACUCCUGCCCAUCCAGUCCGGCCCCCAGCCAAAACCCAAACACAACCACAGAGGCCUCCAUAUAGUGCCGCUUAGCACACCUCAUUUUAUUUUAUUUAUACUCAUGCAGUUGUACCCUUGUUACUUUGAUAUAUUUGACUUGAUGCCAGUAUGCAAGGCAGAGUGGAUGUGGCAUGAACAUGCAGAUAACCAGAGUUAUUUUUGUACUGAAUAGCAGUAGGGAUUUUAAAAGGGCUGCCUAUUCAAAUGUGAUGUUUACAUGUUGCUGCUUUGAUGUGAAAGCGUACCUGAAAGAAGUUUGAGCACAGAGCCGUGUUUUUUCUUCAAUUCUUUUUGUUGACAAAAUGCAGUUGUCGAGGUCUUGAAACUGAGGUCCUUCAUUCAAGCAAGACACCAAUUGUGGUGCCAAGGCACUCCACCAGCAGCUUUGAGUGUGUUUUAGGGAUGUUGUGAAGACAUGUUUACAAUUGUCCUGACGUCCUGGUACGAGAACCCAUAGAGGCUUAUGCAUAAUGUAAAUGUUUUGUUUUGAGCUUGUUAUUAACAAAGCACUGCAGAAAUACCCGUACUUAUGCAAAUGAGUUGUAUGAACUUCCAAUUUUACCCAUCAAGUUUCUGAAUUAGCACUUUUAUGCUGAAUAGUCUCACUUAAAAGUGUAAGUUAACCUUGUUAUGCAGCCCCCUGAGGACAUCUGAAAUGUUGAUGCGAGCACAGCUAAAGCACUUUUUCUCCGGCAGUUACGUUACCAUGCUCGGUAACACAACUGACCAGUAGAGGGGGCAAGACUCAAUGGAAACUUCCAUGUCUUUGCUGUUCAGUGUCAUUCAGAGCUCCUCAGACGACCAAAUGAGUGUAAAAGUGUGUAUU